UAGAAACACUGAGUAUUAGCAUCAGUUCAGUUGCAGCUUCAACAUAAUUGAAAACAAAAGCUAGAUUUUACAAUGAAAGGUAUAGCUAUCAUUGCUUUAUGCAUUUCCGCAGUAGUAUCUCUUCCUUUGAAUGUCAUUGAAGAUGAAAGCGGACAAGAGUAUGUUUUAGUUCCAGUACAUAGAGAAAGAAGAGACUUAACGUGGGGCGCCAACCAAAAUGGAUACACUCUUGGUCAAAAAGGAAAUAUCUGGGAAAAUGGUGCACACAAAUUUGACGGUGCUUACACUGGUUCGAAAGCUUGGGAUUCUCAUGGACUGAAACCAGAUUCUUUUGGAGGUCGUGUAGAAUACACUAAUAAACCAACAAAAACUACGGCCUUUGUAGGCGCAGACAGGACCCCCGGAUAUGGUACUGAUGUCAAUGCUGGAGUUAAAUACAACUUUGUUCAAGAUAAAAAACUUAACAUUGAUUUGACAGGACAAGUAAGUCAGCAUCACGGUGGACCUGGUGGAAAUGGUAAACCCGAAGCAGGAGUAUUUUUAAAUUUUGAGGCUAAACCUUAAUUCACAACAAAAAUAACAAAAGACUGUACUAAAUGUUUUAAAUAAAUUUUUAUUUUUUAAA